CUGCAGGCAAAUCCAGCCAGAGAUUCAUUCUGAGCAACAGUUCUGACUGUCCCGGACCCAGCCAUGCCGGUCCCACUGCUCCCGUUACUGCUGCGAACGCUGACGGGCCGCCUGCUUCUGCCUGCCGCCCGCCUGGCCCGCCGGCACCUCCUGCCCCUGCUGCGCCGACUGGCCCGCCGCCUAGGCUCGCAGGAUGUUCGAGACGCUUUGCUGGGCUGUGUGUUGUUCGUCCUCAGCCAGAGACGCCCGCCCGACGCUGAGGAGGCCUCCAGAGCGGCCGGCCAGGAGAGGAGGGAGAGGCUAGCUCCCCGCAAAUGAGGCCGCGGUCCCUGAUAUUGGCUGUGUCAUCGAAAGCCUUUCUUCUGGACUAUGACAGUCCUGGCACCAUCACUGAGCGCAGCCUACCCAGUGUGCGGAAGACACGGUGGGGGACUGAACACAAGAAGGGUCUGACCAGGACGCCUCCCUUCUCCCAACAGGAAUGACUGGAAGGAUGCCCAGCAUCGAGCAGAAAACUGAUCAUUACCCCUCCUGAAUUCCUCCUCCCAAGACCCCUUUUUCCUAAUCACAUCUGGCUCCAGGGAAGGGAGGAAGUGGACUCUCCUCCCCUAUCCCCAAACGGUGACAUGAGGUCCAGUGAGGGACAUUGCUUACCCAGGGACAACUGACAAUUUACCUGAGAGGCGAGAUUUUAACCCAGACGGUCUGUCUUCCAGACUCAGGAUUUACCUUAAAAGAAUAGGACCUUGGUUCCCUAGGGAGUCAGUCUUGCCCCAAAGCCCAGCAUGCUGCAGGUGCUCAAUAAACAUUUGUUGAUUUGA